AUGGGUUCGGUGGAAGACGACCAACUGCCCUCGAGUCUCUUCGGAUCACUACCAGCACGACCGCCCACCCCUCCACGAGAAACCCACAGCCAUGAUCUCGACUCUCUGCCGAAGCUGUUGAUUGCGCCCGAGCAACUUGGCGUCUGUCCUCGGAGCCUGCAAACCCCUCCAGGCAUCGCCUCCCCGACAUCCUCGUCCACGCUCUCGACCACAAGGAGGAAACGGGUCGGGUUCUCCUCCCAGGCGCAAUACCAGGAACCCCCAAACUACAAAGCCAGAAGCUCUGCGACGAGACAGAACCCAAGUCCUUUGUCGCUGCCCUCGAGCACCUCGAGACCCGUCAAGGGCAUCUUGAAGCCUUGUCCGACGCCAAACAGACUUGGCCCUCCAAAUGGGGUCUACUUGGGCGAUGAUAGAUCCGACCAGGUCAACAUUGCCGACAUGUUGGAAUCGACCCUGCAGCAGCUCGCUGGGGCUGACAGGGAAUGCAAGGUCGACGCCUACACCAUGUUGUUCCGCGGCCUGAAGACCUCGAGCAAUCUGCCUGAUCGUAUUGCGCUCCAGAACAAGAUGACCGUUUUUAUGCAGUUCAUACAGCGAGACCUUACAUCCAGGACGCCAAACGGAUCCGUCGACGCUCUGCUAGUCACAUCCGCCCUCAAGCUUCUCCAUACGUUCCUGCAUUUCCACGGCAUAGCCUCCAGUAUCUCUUACGACUUUGGUGUCUUCCUGGUGGACCAUUCAAUUCGUACCUUUGAAGACGAGCAAGCUUCCAAAGAGGUCGUCAAGCAUCUCAUGCAAGCUUUGUUUCUACAGAACUUUCCAGCGGAGGUCAUGACCAUCGACCGUGUCGGUCGCCUUGUGGCGGCCCUCCACAACAUUGAAAACCACCUGACUGGAAAGAGCAUUGUCCAAAGUCGUAUCGUCGUUUACGAGAAGCUGGUAAAGCAAUGCACGCAGCAAAUGUCUGUUCACUCAGACUGGUUACAAGACCUAUUCACGGACAUGCUGAGCAGUGUUUCUGACAUACGAUUGGCCGCAAUCAAGCUCGGUCUUUCUGCCGCCUUCACCCUGAAUAAGGACAGGAGGUUUGUUGGCCGCGUCUUGGAGCUUCUCAAUCUGUCGCUCGAGGAUAAGAAAUAUGUCGAGGAGUUCACCGAGCGGCUCCGCGUCAUGCUCCAGAACCCGCAGCAAUCCACGUCAGUGCCACGGAUAUGGAGUGUCGUCACCUUGUUCAUCCCAAAGCCUCAUCAGUGGGACUACUUCAGUUCCUGGUCCAAAAUCAUCCAGCUGUCCUUCAACAACUCCAACCCUCAGGUUAAGAGAGAGGCUAUCCUCGCCUGGAACCGGUUCACGUACCGCCUUCAUUUGGACGGUCGCUUGGUCUACAACCUCAUCCGCGAUCCCUUGCUCAGCCUGCUGAAGCGGAAGGGUCUUCGCGAUUCAGUUUUGGGGAGUGUCUGCAACUUCUACUACUAUGCAUUCAAGCCAGAUAUGAAUCUGAGAAUGUUGGACGAGACGUGGAACUUGGCUGUCGCUCCUCUGAUGCAGGGGCUCAUUGACCAAGGCCUGGACGACACACCGGCCGUCACCCAAGCAGCUGCCAUAUUAACUGGUUUGGUUGACUGCCAAACUCGUCGUGUAUGGAGGGGAGAUCGAAUUAUGGAUCAGAAUCUAAUCAAGGCCGAUGAGUUGCCAGCCAUUGAGUCGAAAUGGGUCAGGGCCAACCCAGCACGCGUCUUUGCACUCGUCGCUCCAAUUCUGGAAAAGGGGUUUGCAGAAAUAUCCCAGGCUGAUAGCCAAUUUCAAAAACUGUGGAAGGCGCUUGUUCACUCCGUCGCCUCCGCGUCAACGAAGGAUGUCAAACUACAUGAUGAUACGGCCAAGUUUGUUGCCAGUGUUUUCACCUUCUUACACAAGGUCUGGACAGUGGGGCCAGUUUCCUGGACCGACGGUACGACUUGCACGUCUUCUCAAUUCCUGGACAGCGUACGGGAGCUUCUCUUGAUUCUCGUAGACGCUCUCGGCCUUCUUCCCAACCCAUUCACGGAGAAGCAAUUCCUACAAACCAGAGAUGGCCAAUUUGUCGUUCAUGGCGCACAAUCGAACCGCCCUGGAAAGAAACAGGGGAUGAAACGAGUACCUCUGCAUCAUCUUUUCUGCCUUCUAUCGCAACUACCGCCCAGCGUUCCCGACGAUGACACGUUUAUCAAAUUCUUCUCUGCCGUCUUUUCUCCUUUCUUUGACGGCAAAAGCGAGAGGGCACAGGCCGACCUCAGCCAGGAGCUUCUACGUCUUCUGCCUAUCGAUGCACCUUGCCCGUCCGGGCCAUGGGUGAUGACAGCUGCGAAAAUCUCAGCGUCUCUGGAGCACAGCCAGCACAGUCACCAGAGCACUACUUCCGGCAGUGGUGGCAGCCUCGGACUCGAAUUCCGCGAUAUUGUUAAAGUUCUUGAGCGUGGCUUGAGGGAUGAGACUGGCGAUGCCGGUGUUGCCAUUGCGCUCAUUGAGCCAUUGGCGGCAGCUGUAAAGGAGAAGAUCUCUGACGAACAUGGCGAUGCCAUCUCGACGAAUUGUAUCGGAGCGACUAUCGAGCUUGUUGCAGCAUCUACACAGCCGCGCGACAAGCAGGCCGCUGAUGCCGCACGACGGCGUUUGUGGGGCACCUCGAAUGCAGGCACCCGUCUUUCAUCGUUCGAUCCUAUGGACAAUAUGUACAAGCUUCUUGUGGACUUGUCGAAGAAGUUGUAUGCUGACGUUGAAUCACAUGCCUCUGGACCCAUUGAGCAGUUGCUGGAUGAGACGAAGAGCUUCUUUGACCGUGGAAACCGCCAUCUCUUCUCUCGGACCCUGAUUGCCAUCCAAGGUGGUCUUGCGUGCUGGCUGGAAGAUAAGGAUCGCCGCAUCACUAGAGCCGAUUUUCCUAGUGUGGUAGAAGCGACUCAGUCCUUGUGGGAGCGAAUAUGCAGUAUCAUAAAAGAAAGGUCUGCCGAACAGCUGGAGCUCGAGAAUAUCGAGCCACUGUUGUGCGCCGCGUUCCAAAGCACCCACCGCGAUGUCGUCAAUAUUACAGCAGAGAUGUGGAAUCAUGUUUAUGGCCACGUCGAGGAGAUGCAGUAUCCAAAGGCAUUAGAGACAGUGCUUGUUGCCCUUGGUUCUUCCGUGGAUGUCGUCCGUCCCGGGCUGGAAAUUCCACAAGAUAGGUCAGAUGUGCGCCCCAAUUUCGCGGAAUCUCAGGAAGAUACGAGCAUUCCGAUUGUCACUCCCGCAAAGUCACAGCCAACCACACGAUCUCGUCCUUCCACAACUCGACGAUCAGCUACUUCAAGUCUAUCGAAAUCGACCCAGGUUGCCCAGAGCAGCCCUCUAGCUAGGAUCAAAUCGAAGGGACGCACUCCAAAGCCUAAGCUGCGUCAUGAGGACUCACAAGUACAAUUCGCAGCGAUUGAUUCUUCGCCAGCCCCUAUGGAGUAUGAGUCCCAAUUGCUCACCGAGCGCCAGAAGGAAACCCGCGAGCGACAGAGGGACACUGCUGCUUUAUUCCCAGACAUGCGAUCCAGUCCCAGUGCCGCGACGAGGAAGGCUAGGUCUGGAUCUAGCCAGCAAGAGCUGGCCACGGGGGCCAUUGCGCCAGGGCGGGCCUCAACGCCAGACCACGACGGUGUAUUUGAAGAUUAUUUGACGUCAACCCCGACGCCGCGACGCGGCCAGCCCAUCAUGUUGUCGGAGCAAGACCAGGGACUGGCUGCCGAUCCCCCGUCGUCGCCUCCGGAGCCGAGAGGCUACCGCCUGAUGGCGGAGCUGAAGACUCAAGCCAAUAAUACUAACUCCCUGGAUGAAUGGCAAUUUUCCUCAUCUCCGUUGUCCGGAUCUCCAAACCUAGCGCACCCGACAAAUUCCACAUCGCAACCAAUGGAAUUGGACGAUGUCAAUGAGGAGCUGCAACUCGAUGAUGGGGAGAACAUCGCUGAGCGCACGUUUGAGCAAAAGGACGUGACGUCGUCACAGUUCGCGGUGGAUCCUGAAGUGAUUGAAGAGACGACUUAUUUCCAUCAAGAAGCCGAGGCUGAGCUGCAAACUGUCGCGCCGGCCGGCCAGCCUACUCUCAAAUCACCAAACACUCCUUCCGGAAGGGCCUUAAGGUCCAAGACAUUCCAAGUAACCCCGAGAUCUGACAAUGACGAGUUUGUGGAUGCCCCGAGUAGUCCUCUUCCGCCCACACCAAGCCAGAGGAUUAGGCCAGGCUCUUCACAUAUGACACUGCGCAAAUCUCCUCGGACCAAAGGAAACAGCCAGUCAUUCAGCGUCAGUGAUUCUUUCGAGAACGGUUUGAGGAACAUUGGGACAGGGCGCUUCGAAAUUGAAAUCAGGAGCUCGCCCAAGAAGAAGGACGUUCCGUCUUACGAUGACAUUCUGCCCGAAUCACCCGAGCAUGCUACAGAGGACGAAGAAAACGCUACAGAGAAGGCUGCGGAGGAGGUAGCGAAGGACAUGGAUUGCAUCAUCGUCGAGGGCGGAGCACCCACUCAGCUACGUCGCGGUCGUUCGAAGAAGUCCCAACGACUUUCGGUCUCGACGCAGCUCCAGACGUCACGAGAUACGCAAGACUCGGUGAGCUCACAGGGCUCGGUAGGCCGGCCUCGGACACCUAUGGCUCAGCUAGCGAGAUCGAGCUCGCAAGACGGUUUCGAGAACGUUUCGCCUGGCAAUGGCAGUUGGCUGAGAAAACGCAAGCGGUCACUUUCGGUGCACAGCAGCGGUGAGAAGAAACGAAGGCAUCAGGACCUCGUCUCCAAGGAAGGCGAAGGCGGGGUUCCCGAUAGCCAGCCCGCUGCUGUUGUCCAACAAGGUCGUGACGUUGAGGUGCACACAUCCGAGCUGUACGAAAAUGAUGUCUCACUUACAUCUAGGCAAAGCCGGAGCAGCUCGCCGAGUGAGCAAUCGGCUUCUCAGGAGCUUUCAAUGGCAUUCCCUGAGCCACUAGAUCGGCCGCAGAUCGAGUCUAGCAAGCAGACAAGCGAAACAUCAGAGCACACUGAUGAUGAGGAGCUUGUCCAGUCGCAGCUUGCCAGGGAGGAGACGGAGGCAUCUGUUGAAAAGGAGGCCACGGCCCCACUUGAUAUUGCAUCUGCACAGCUGGAAGCCGAACUAGUUGCACAGUUCGAGGAGCCAGCCAAGCACGUUGAGCAAGCGGCCCAUGAGGAAGAGGUUCCCGUACAGCGGCAGCCUGCCAAGCUAGGACAAGACGGUGCCAGCAAGUUUGACAGCCUGCGAGUGCUACUCCAGAACGGACUGGGCAUCUUAAGGUCGGCUGACCUGACGAGAGAGGAGACCAACCAGCUCGAGGACAUGUUCAUGGACAUGAAGCAGGAGCUGUACCAAGCGGAGAGGCGUGGGAGAAAAUAG